GUAAAAAGCUUUUACUCUUUUCUCUUUAGAUUAUGUGUUCAAACCUAAUUAUCUUUUAUGGUUGUCUAUUAUUUAGGGCCAACCUAAACUUAUCACCUUGUGUUGUAUUUUAGUCAAUGCACUUAUUCAGUUUUAUGGUUCUCUCUGGUACAUUUACAAAGUGCAUUUUAUACUCCACUUCUAGUUUCCUAUAAACAAGGAAACAGUCUGUUCUACUGUAUUUCAAAUCACUGCCAUCCUGACCAUUACUUCAUUUGCAAUAAAAGUCACAAACUGUGCAAGUGCAUUUCAUACAUGUUCAUUUCCAAGGUGUUAAUAAGUAGAUGUCUGGUCAGCCUUGGUACAGAGAAGGUGACAGACCUCCCCACAUGGUAGGGUUUUUAUGAGGUUUGAUGGGAUACCAAGAGUAUGCUUCCCUGCCAUUUCCUUGAGGCUCCCUUCAAUGGGAACGUCCAUGUUUGUUCCAUCUUUCUAAAAAAUAAAAUAAGGUUUCUACUGAAAGGUAAAUGUUAUCAACCACUAAGAGUUAUUAAUAACUGAGCAUGAUGAAUGUAUAUUCUAGUCAGCCCUGAGAAAACUGGGCAUGAUGAGAGUUUGGAACUUGGGAAUUCUCUGUAGUGUCUGAACAUUCCUUGGUUUAGCAGGCACAGGAAAUAUGAUGACUUGGAGGUCAGGCAAGCAGAAGCAAGCAGUAAGCACUCUUAGCAGUAAGGAGCAGCUAAGGGUUUCUGUGACGGUUGAUUUCAUGUGUCCACUUGACUGGGCCACGGGGUGCCCGGACAUUUGGGCAAAUAUUCUGGAUUUGUCUGAGAGGGCAUUUUUGGAUAAGAUCAACAUAUGAAUUGGUAGACUGAGUAAAGCAGAUUGUUGUGUCUCCUGUUGUGGGUCUCACCCAAUCAGUUGAAGACCUAAUAGAACAAAAAGCUUGACGUUCCCACAAGUGGGAGGUAAUUUCCUCUUGCCUGACUACCUUGAGCUGGGAUAUUUAUUUUUCUGCCUUUGGACUUGAACUGAAACGUCUGCCCUUAUUGGUCCUGGAACGUGAAGGUGUUUGGACUGGAACUGUAGUAUUAUCUGUCCUGUUUUUCAGGCCUUCACACUUGGACUAGAACUAUAACAUCUGCUGUCCUGGUUCCCAGGCUUUUGAACAUACACCAUUGGUUCUCCUGAAUCUUCACCUUGCCAACUGCAUAUCUUGGGAGUCGUCAGCCUCAAUAAUUAUAUACAGUAUUCUCAGGAUGCAAAACCUGCUUAUACUGAAGGCAGUCUUCUUAUAUAGCAGGGUUCUGCAGGGAGGACUGUGGGAGAAUGUUGCACACGUGGGCAUAUGGGAAUGGCAGAGAUCCUGGAACCAAUCUUUGCCAUGCCAUGAAGCAAUGUUACCAAUAAUUCAUCAGUCAUGUGCACCCUACAGGAAAACCAUCUAAUCAAACAAUAGCUCAAAAUAGGAGCAGCAAUUUGGCCAGAAUUUAAAUUAACACUGUUGAAAAGAGAACAUAGUUUUCAUCAUGAAUGCUAAUAAAGAUGAGAGACUUAAGGCCAGAAGCCAAGAUUUUCACCUUUUUCCUGCUUUGAUGAUGCUAAGCAUGGCCAUGUUGUUUCUUCCAGUCAUCGGCACUUCAAAACAAAAUAUUCCAAGACUCAAGCUAACCUACAAAGACUUGCUGCUUUCAAAUAGCUGUAUUCCCUUUUUGGGUUCAUCAGAAGGACUGGAUUUUCAAACUCUUCUGUUAGAUGAGGAAAGAGGCAGGCUGCUCUUGGGAGCCAAAGACCACAUCUUUCUACUCAGUCUGGUUGACUUAAACAAAAAUUUUAAGAAGAUUUAUUGGCCUGCUGCAAAGGAACGGGUGGAAUUAUGUAAAUUAGCUGGGAAAGAUGCCAAUACAGAAUGUGCAAAUUUCAUCAGAGUACUUCAGCCAUAUAACAAAACUCACAUAUAUGUGUGUGGAACUGGAGCAUUUCAUCCAAUAUGUGGAUAUAUUGAUCUUGGAGUCUACAAGGAGGAUGUUAUAUUCAAACUAGACACACAUAAUUUGGAGUCUGGCAGACUGAAAUGUCCUUUCGAUCCUCAGCAGCCUUUUGCUUCAGUAAUGACAGAUGAGUACCUCUACUCUGGAACAGCCUCUGAUUUCCUUGGCAAAGAUACUGCAUUCACUCGAUCCCUUGGGCCUACUCAUGACCACCACUACAUCAGAACGGACAUUUCAGAGCAUUACUGGCUCAAUGGAGCAAAAUUUAUUGGAACUUUCCCCAUACCAGACACCUACAAUCCAGAUGACGAUAAAAUAUAUUUCUUCUUUCGUGAAUCAUCUCAAGAAGGCAGUACCUCCGAUAAAACCAUUCUUUCUCGAGUUGGAAGAGUUUGUAAGAAUGAUGUAGGAGGACAACGCAGCCUGAUAAACAAGUGGACGACUUUUCUUAAGGCCAGAUUGAUUUGCUCAAUUCCUGGAAGUGAUGGGGCAGAUACUUACUUUGAUGAGCUUCAAGAUAUAUAUUUACUCCCCACAAGAGAUGAAAGAAAUCCUGUAGUAUACGGAGUCUUUACUACAACCAGCUCCAUCUUCAAAGGCUCUGCUGUUUGUGUGUAUAGCAUGGCUGACAUCAGAGCAGUUUUUAACGGUCCGUAUGCUCAUAAGGAAAGUGCAGACCAUCGUUGGGUGCAGUAUGAUGGGAGAAUUCCUUAUCCGCGGCCUGGUACAUGUCCAAGCAAAACCUAUGACCCACUGAUUAAAUCCACCCGAGAUUUUCCAGAUGAUGUCAUCAGUUUCAUAAAGCGGCACUCUGUGAUGUAUAAGUCCAUAUACCCAGUUGCAGGAGGACCAACAUUCAAGAGAAUCAAUGUAGAUUACAGACUGACACAGAUAGUGGUGGAUCAUGUCACUGCAGAAGAUGGCCAGUACGAUGUAAUGUUUCUUGGGACAGACAUUGGAACUGUCCUCAAAGUUGUCAGCAUUUCAAAGGAAAAGUGGAAUAUGGAAGAGGUAGUGCUGGAGGAGUUGCAGAUAUUCAAGCACCCGUCGAUCAUCUUGAACAUGGAAUUGUCUCUGAAGCAGCAACAAUUGUACAUUGGUUCCCGAGAUGGAUUAGUUCAGCUCUCCUUGCACAGAUGCGACACUUAUGGGAAAGCUUGUGCGGACUGUUGUCUUGCCAGAGACCCCUACUGUGCCUGGGAUGGAAAUGCAUGCUCUCGAUAUGCUCCUACUUCUAAAAGGAGAGCUAGACGCCAAGACGUAAAAUAUGGUGACCCGAUCACCCAGUGCUGGGACAUCGAAGACAGCAUUAGUCAUGAAACUGCUGAUGAAAAGGUGAUUUUUGGCAUUGAAUUUAACUCAACCUUUCUGGAAUGUAUACCUAAAUCCCAACAAGCAACUAUUAAAUGGUAUAUCCAGAGGUCAGGGGAUGAGCAUCGAGAGGAGUUGAAGCCUGAUGAAAGAAUCAUCAAAACGGAAUAUGGGCUACUGAUUCGAAGUUUGCAGAAGAAGGAUUCUGGGAUGUAUUACUGUAAAGCACAGGAGCACACUUUCAUCCACACCAUAGUGAAGCUGACUUUGAAUGUCAUUGAGAAUGAACAGAUGGAAAAUACCCAGAGGGCAGAGCAUGAGGAGGGGCAGGUCAAGGAUCUAUUGGCUGAGUCACGGUUGAGAUACAAAGACUACAUCCAAAUCCUUAGCAGCCCAAACUUCAGCCUUGACCAGUACUGCGAACAGAUGUGGCACAGGGAGAAGCGGAGACAGCGAAACAAGGGGGGCCCAAAGUGGAAGCACAUGCAGGAAAUGAAGAAGAAAAGAAAUAGAAGACAUCACAGAGACCUGGAUGAGCUCCCUAGAGCUGUGGCCACGUAGUUUUCUACUUAAUUUAAAGAAAAGAAUUAUUUACCUACAAAAACACUGCCUUCUGUUUUGUAUAUCCCUUAUAAUAAUUCAUAAAUGCUUCCCAUGGAGUUUUGCUAAGGCACAAGACAAUAAUCUGAUUAAGACAAUAUGUGGUGAAUAUAAGAAAGGGCAAAGAAAUCAUUUGAACCAGUUUUCCAAGAACAAAUCUUGCACCAGCAAAGUAUAAGAAUUAUCCUAAAAAUAGGGGCUUUACGUUUGUAAAUGUUCCAUGUUUUGAGUUUUGGAAUUUAUUGUCAUGUAAAUAAUUGAGCUAAGUAAGCACCAAAGUUGAUAGUAUAUAAGGUGCUUUAUUCCCUCAAAUGUCCAUUAAGCAUGGAAUUUACCAUGCAGUUGUGCUACAUUCUUAUGAACAGAUAUAUCAUUCCUAUUGAGAACCAGCUACCUUGUGGUAGAGAAUUAGAGGUCAGACACAAAUUAAGACUACUUCCAUUAUCAACAGGAACUUUCCCAGUGAGCCAUUCGCUCCUGGAGAAUGGUAUAAGAACUUGGAGAGGUGCAUUAUUUCUUUGUGGCCACAGGGGUUAAAUUUAGUGUACUACAACAUUGAUUUACUGAAGGGCAUUAAUGUUUCCCCCAGGAUUUCUAUUGACUAGUCAGGAGUAACAGGUUCACAGAGAGAAGUUGGUGCUUAGUUUUUUGUUUUUAGAAUAUAUGCUAAGCUCUACAGGGACAGAAUGCCUAAUAAAUAUUUUAAUAAGAUAUGGGAAAAUAUUUUAAUAAAACAAGGAAAACAUAAUGAUGUAUAAUGCAUCCUGAUGGGAAGGCAUGCAGAUGGGAUUUUGUUAGAAGACAGAAGGAAAGACAGCCAUAAAUUCUGUCUUUGGGGAAAACUCGUAUCCCCAUGAAAAGGAAGAACAAUCACAAAUAAAGUGAGAGUAAUGUAAUGGAGCUCUUUUCACUAGAGUAUAAGUAGCUGCCAAUUUGUAAUUCAUCUGUUAAAAAAAAUCUAGAUUAUAACAAACUGCUAGCAAAAGUCUGAGGAAAAAAUAAAUUUUUCUGAAGAAUCAUAGGAAGGGUAGACAUAUUUUAUUUAUAACCAAUGAUAUUUCAAUAUAUAUUUUCUCUCAAAAAUAUUUAUCAUUCUCUGUAUAUUAUUUCUUUUUACUGCCUUUUUUCUUUCCUGUAUAUUGGAUUUUGUGAUUAUGUUUCAGUGAAUAGGAGAAAACAAUAUAUAACACAAAGAGAAUUAAGAAAAUGACAUUGCUGGGGAGUGGGGAUAUAUAUUUGUUGAAUAGCAGAACAAGUGUAAAAUUUUGACAACGGAAAGGGUUAAAUUAACUCUUUGACAUCAUUUCUUCACGCAACCUUUUUGCAUUGCUGAGUUAAUCUGUUGUAAUGGUAGUAUUACUGUUUUAGUAAUUUAACAAUAAAUAAGCCUGCCACGUGUAAAAAGAACCAAACUCACAAUAUUAACAUAAACAUCUUUCAUAUUUUGUUAGUACUUUCAAAUGUUUUCAAUUUGACUUUCCCUCUGACUAUGUAUGGUGUGUCUCCUGUCUGUUUAAGCAGAACUCACCUUUCCUUCUUGUAACACAGAACCCUUACCCUUCUUCGGUUUUGCCUUUUCACGCCCUUUAGAGUGUGAAAUGAAAAAUUAGUCACUUCCUCACAUGGAAGGCAGCCUUUCAGAAAACUAAAUAACAGACAUUGCUCGUUUCUCAUGCAUUCUACAUAUCUUGAAAGAAAAGUCUGUGAGAAAGCCAUGUGAUUAGAGGGCAACUUAAUGCAAAAUCUGUGGCUUUAUGUUGAGAGCAUUAUCUCUCUGUUAUAUUUAUUUUAUUUGCAUUGGUUACCUAUCUCAAAGUAGUCAAACUGGUCAAACUGAUAUAUGAGAUUGAGUAUUCCCUUUUGAUAUUAUACUGAUGAAUAUUUGUAGGUGUUUCACUGUAAGGAAAAGCUAAGGAAUAAUGUUAAUAAAAGUGAACCAGAACAAAUCACUCAUUUAAAAAGUAAUUCAGAAGAACUGUGUGGCAUGACCAGACUUCUAAUUGAAUAGCAUAACAACAGUGUUUGUAAUUAUAGAUUUGCUUGGACAAAAUGUUCCAGGAACUCAUAGUGAGCUCAAAGCAAUUAAGUGGGAACAUUUUUAAUUUAAAAAAAAAUUCAAAAUAUUUGUGGGUCCGAGAGUAAAUAUGAAUGACUUCGGAAAAAUUACAUGAAGCUCAAAUGUUAGGAUUGACUUACGAAAAUAAAUUUUAUUUCUAUCCAAAUUUGAAUAUCCAAACCAUUUUUUAAUUACUUCUUUCUAAUCCUAGUUAUUCAAACAAAAUUUGGGAAACUUAUUUUGUGACCACCUCUAAUAUUCUGGCUGCUUUGGAUAUAAUACUCUUAAUUUAUGAUAAUUAGUUAAAAUAUAUUAAAAAUAUUAUAGGUAAAAUAAAAUUUCACACAAAAAACAACAUAGAGGACAAAUAUUUAUGUGUAUUUUUAAAGAUAAAGAAUAUCUAAACUGUGUUUUUUUCUUAGCUUUUUAGUUGUGUAGAACAUUUAGAGAGAAUAUGAAUAUGUUAAAUCCACAAACACACUAUAUACUUCCUUACCACUGACUAUGUCAUCAAAUUUGCCUUAAAAUAAUGAAAAAGAAAAGUAUAAUUAAUGGUUUCAAAUAUUCUAAGAAAUUGAUUCUCUAUGGAGGGGAUCUUAAAAUGCCUGUUUACUCAUGUUUUGGGAUUUUUCUCGUCUCUAAUACUUUUGUCUUUGACUGCCUUGUGUGUUCUUUUCUGAAUUUUCUGAAUUUCAUUUCAGCAAUCUAUGCUGCUAAAUAGAAUCCUGCAUGUCUGCAUUCAUUUACAUUCAAUUUAUUGUAAAUUUGAAGAUUUUAUUUAGAAAUGAAUAGUCUAAUUAAUUUAUGUAGAGUCCUUUUUUCCAAAGAGCUCAAAACACUACAUCCAAAUUAUUGAAUAAACACUUUCGGAAACCAACCAAAUUACUCAAGAAAUGGAAAAGUAGUCAUAGAGAAACUUAGUAAUUUGCAAAAGGCACAACAGUAGUUGAAGAAUUAAAAUUCACAAAGUCUCAUCAUUCUGUUGGCUAAAAUAAUGCUCUUUACAAUAUGCUGGCUACAAAAUGGUCUUACUCUUGAAUUUUGCUUUUGGUUCAUAUUUUGGUUCUUCAUAUUCUAGUAUGUUUUGUUCCUACUGAAUUUUACAGACUCAGCUAAACAAUAAGUUAUCAGUAGUCACUUUUUACUUUUCAUUAUCAAAAUUAAAUUUCCAAGAACAGCUUGAUAUCAUUCAACUGUCCACAAAAUAAUAAAAAGGGCAUUCAUUAAAUACUGAUUUUCUUAAACUUAAAUGUUAUAUUUCAUAUUUAUUUAUAUAAUGCAAGUGGAAAUCAAAACUGAAAUAGCCUCCCUUUAGAAUGUCACAUUUUUCUUCAAAAACAUGUUGGAAUUGGUUAGCCUUAUUGGGAAUGGAUAAUUUAGAAACAAACAAAAAAAAGAAAAAAAAAACAUAUUUGAAGUGUUUUUAUAGGAGAUGUAUUUUUAUCAUCGUAAAUGAUCACAAUUUUAAAUAAUUCAUCUUACAAGUGAAGUAAAGCAAAUACAAUCUAAGAUUCCCAGAUUCCAUACAUUAGGAGUGCAAAGACAGGAUCGUACACAUGACUUAUACCUCUCAUUUAAAUAUUUUGUAGUAUAAAGUAUUUAUGGGAAGUGUUUGAGAUAGAUGGUUUUUGGAAAAGGGCAAAAUCUGUCAGAUGCCAUAGUUAAUCAUGUAAUUUAAUUCUAGUAUUGUGAGUGGUUAGCAAUCAAUUUUGAAUUUAUAAUUUUGCUAUUUUAAAAGAAAUGUAGUCUUGUAGAUGAAAUAAUUAAAAAUUGUUAAAUGUAUAUUUUGGUUGUAUUAUAAUAAAACAUAAACAUUAGUGUUCUAUGAUUAUGAAAACUACUGGUUUGUGUGCAAAUUUUGUUUUUAAACCCCAAAUAUGGUAAAUUUUAUAUAUAAAAUGGGACUAAAGAAAAUAUGAUGCAGUAUUUUCAGAAAUGUUCAGUAGAUGUGUUUUACACUGUAAGUACGCAGUAAUUUCAUUUAUGAAAGAAAAGAAUGUGUCCCACCCAAUUUGACACCAUUAUAUUGCUAAGCUUUAUUGUGAUUUAAUUUAGGUUUUAGUGGAUUGAGAUAAAUGUUAUUACCACAAAUAAUUACUUAUUUUAAAUUUCCCAAUUGCCAUCUGAUCAUUUAAAAAUACUUAUCUAUAUGUUUAGCUGUAUUGGAGUAUAAUUUAUUAAAGAGUAAGGUGUGGA